CGAACGCGAGCCCGAACCCCGAACCCUGAACUCCCAAUUUGACCAUUCGUGCAAGUCCGAAACUUUGCCCCCAAUUGCUGUGUUUCUCCCUCCCUCUCAGCCUCAGUCUCUCCAGUAGAAUUAAACAUGUCAAACCACCACCAGAGUCUCGACAUGGCGAACCUGGACCUUUACAAGCAGUAUUUGGUCUCAGCUUUUCUCGCGAUGGAACCAUCUGAUUCCUUAAUUUCCUUAGCAAGGAAAUGUGGGGGUGGCUUUAUUUCGGAGGAUGUGCAGCAGUUCAUUUGGGCUUACUGUAUUAACAAUAGUGAAGAGAACUGUUAUGUACCUUACUUGAAAAUAUUUCUGAAGAAGCUCAUUGAUGAAGUCGAAUCAACUGGGGGUGAUGUGUUGGAUGAAUUUUAUGAACGUUAUGCUCACUACAUGGUUUCUUUGAAGGAAGAUGCACCGGGGAAUGAAAAAGCAUGGAUAGUGAAAUGCAUAUCAUUUUUUUUUCAUGAUGUUCCUAGUCACCCAGGUCAAAUGCAGAUGGUUGUACCAUUGCAGUGUUCACUCAACAUGCUUGAAGGGGACACUGGGUGUGCUCUUUGGCCUUCUAGUCUUUUUCUGUCCGAGUUUAUUCUUUCGUGCCCCGAAGUUUUUACGAGGAAAUCAUGUUUUGAGGUUGGUUCUGGUGUAGGUUUGCUUGGUGUCUGCCUCAAGCAUGUUACAGCCUCUCAGGUGAUCCUGACUGAUGGUGAUGCAUCAAGUUUAGAAAAUUUGAGGCUUAACUUGGAAAUGAAUAAGGUUGAAAAUCUAGAUACUUCUUUAGAUAGAAGUAAAAGUAGCCCAUAUAUGGUGCAAUGCAUCCAUCUUCCAUGGGAAAAUGCAAAUGAGAGUGAACUUCAACAAUUCAAGCCUGAUAUUGUUUUGGGAGCUGAUGUAAUCUAUAAUCCAUCGUGCCUCCCGCAUCUUGUUCGAGUACUUUCCAUCCUUCUGAAUCAAAGAAAAACCAGUAACAGCAAAGUGAAUGGCAAUGCCCAAGUCAAUGAUAAAGAAGAAAAUUCCAAAGACAAUGAUUCUAAAGUCUGGAACAAAGAGAGAUUACAGGGUGCAACCUUGGAAACCUUGAUUGAAGAAGUGGUGAAUGGUCCGGUAGCUCUUAUUGCCUCGGUGAUACGAAACAUUGAUACUUUCGAUUGCUUUCUGAAGUUGUGCUGCCAAAAUGAUAUUCUUGUUAGGGAUAUGACUGAAUCAAUUAGGCCGUUUAACUUGUUACCUUAUAUGGACUCAUAUAAGAGAUCAGAUGUACACUUGUUGCUGCUAUCUUAUUCAAGCAAGUGAACUAGUGAAUGUGUGCUCAAUUUUAUUGAGGAUUUUAAAUAAUUUGCAAGCAUUUUGAGUUCUUA